ACCCGUCGCCCGACGCACGCGCAGUUUGAUAUCAUUUAAUCUACAGGCAAUAUAUGCUGUUACAGUCCGCUAUUUCGCCACAAACCUGUUUGACGAGGGUACUAAUCGCUAAGCUAGUUUUGCGAGUCGCGACGAACAUUCAUUUCGCGUUCCAAGUUUGAACUCUAUGUCUGAGAAUUUGUCUGGCUGAAAAGUGUCAGCUGUCAAUUGAAACUUUAUAUUUUGGUUUUUGUAAUAUUAAUAAAAAUGGCUUGUUCGCAAUGUAUGAACGCCGGAAACAAAGCUGUGAGAAUGAGGAAAGAAAAGGACACGAUGGGGGAAUUGGACGUUCCUGACGACAAGUUGUACGGCGCCCAGACUGUGCGAUCUAUUAUGAACUUCCCCAUUGGCGGCAUUGAAGAGCGGAUGCCUUAUCCAGUGAUUGUCGCGAUGGGAAUUUUGAAAAAGGCGGCCGCUAAAGUCAAUGUUGAAUAUGGAUUGGAUAAAAAGCUUGCUGAUGCAAUAAUACAGGCGUGUGAUGACGUAAUCUCUGGCAAGUUAUACCGUGAAGGACACUUUCCGCUUGUUAUCUGGCAAACUGGCUCUGGGACUCAGAGUAACAUGAACACCAAUGAGGUUAUCGCCAACCGUGCUAUACAAAUCCUGGGAGGAAAACUGGGAAGCAAGGAUCCGGUUCAUCCAAAUGACCACGUGAACAAAUCGCAGAGCUCAAACGACACUUAUCCGACCGCAAUGCAUAUCGCAGUGGCUAUGGAGUUGAGAGACAGAUUGAUGCCUGGACUAGUGGCCUUGCGAGACACCCUCGAUGGCAAAGCCAAGGAAUUCAAUAAGAUCAUCAAGAUUGGCAGAACUCACUUGAUGGAUGCAGUGCCUUUGACACUUGGACAAGAAUUCAGUGGGUACGUGACCCAAUUAACGUUCGGUAUCGAACGUGUUUGCUCGACAUUACCGCGUUUGCACUACUUGGCGUUGGGCGGCACCGCAGUGGGUACAGGACUCAAUACUAGGAUUGGAUUCGCUGAAAAGUGCGCUAAGGAGAUCGCGAAUCUUACAGGUAUUCCGUUCGAGUCCGCCCCAAACAAAUUUGAGGCGUUGGCUUCACACGAUGCAAUGGUCGAAGUUCACGGAGCGUUGAAUACUAUUGCAGUAUCAUUGAUGAAGAUUGUAAAUGACAUCCGUCUGCUAGCUUCGGGACCAAGGUGUGGUCUCGCUGAACUGCUUUUGCCAGAAAAUGAACCUGGGUCUUCCAUUAUGCCAGGCAAAGUCAACCCAACCCAGUGUGAGGCGUUGACGAUGAUCGCUGCUCAAGUGAUGGGCAACCACGUGGCCUGUACCAUCGGCGGAAGCAAUGGCCACUUCGAGCUGAACGUCUUCAAGCCUAUGAUGGUCGCCAACGUCUUAAGGUCUAUAAGACUCAUUGGUGAUGGAUGCCAGGCCUUCAACAAGAACUGUGCAGUGGGCAUCAAGGCCAACACUGGCCAAAUUGACAAGAUCAUGAAGGAGUCGCUGAUGCUGGUCACCGCACUCAACCCACACAUUGGUUAUGAUAAGGCGGCCCUUAUAGCCAAGACGGCGCACAAAGAAGGUGGAACUCUCAAAGACACUGCCAUUAAACUAGGAAUCUUGACUGCGGAGCAGUUCGACCAGUGGGUCAGACCCGAAGACAUGCUGGGACCAAAAUAGAUCCCAUGACCCUGUGUUGAAAUUUUUGUGUGAAUGUGAACUUGGCAUUUCAUGCAUAGACAGAUAAUAGACUUAAAUAUGACUGUCAUAUCUAAUAUGCUUAUUAAACUGGAUUAAAACCUGUCUAAUUGUCAUUGUUGUUGCUUAAUUUAUUACUGUUUUUACUGAAAGUUAAUUAUUCUGAGGAUGGGUUUUAUUCCAGUGAAAGCCUAUUGAUUUUAAAAUACUAUACAAUACAACAAACAGAACUUUUGUUUUAAUUUUUUGUAGUUCUCGAACAAUGACAUUUUAGUAGAAAUAAUGACACCGUUAUUUCAUUGAAUAUCAGUCUAUUAUUUGUAGGUGUUUAUAUUGCUUCAAAAUAUAGCUUUAGUAUAAGUUGAAAUUAUUAUUGAAAACCUUAUUGAAUUUCAUACUGUGAGACCAUUAAAUCAGUCGGAACAGUUCUAAAAACUAUGUUUUUGGUAAAAUACAUGUCAAAAUGUACUAAGGCUAUAUUUGAAUACUUUUAAUGAAGAAAAUCUAUCUUUUUAACUAAUUUUGUCUCUGAAUAUUAAAGUUUUAAAUUCUGGUUAUGAAAAAUUUAUACAAACAAUGUUUAAAAUAUGAUCAAAUGAGAAUUAACAUGAACAGCAGUAUUAUAUAAAAAGGCAAACUUAAUGAUAGCUAGUUGAAGUUUUAUGAACUUUCAAAUUUCAUCUCAAAGCACUGGAGUAAAGAACUUGGACUUGACUUGGAAGUUUUUAGUUACAUCCAUUUAAAUUUUUUUGUGUAUCUUAAAAUAUAUAUAGAAUAUGCCAAACAAUUUCUGCAAUCUGUUAUUUAUUUUUAAUGUUUACAUUUAAUAAAAAGUUAUGUAAUUC